ACUAGUUGCAUUUAUAGGAAUUUUGUAAUAUAAUGUUACUACCAAAAUAAUAUCAUAUGGGGGCGGAAUCGGCGGUUUCGAUCCAUUUAUGUGGGAGUGUUAAAGUUAAUCUAAAGUCGAAAUAUUUAUUAAAAAUUAUUAAAUAACGGAAAAAUAUUUAGAUAACAACAACAACAAUUUAGAUAAUAUAAAAAUCCGAAUUAUUUCGAGUUUAAUGUGAACACGUUUUAAAACUAUAAUCUCAAAAUAUACACGAUGAAACACUAAAAUUUUUUAAAUUAUUGUCACUACCUUCAAUAGUAGCAUAAUAUUUGUUUUUAAAUAUUUUAUUAUUUAAUAGAUCAUUAAUUAUUUAUCAAUAUGAGUGCGAAUUCAUUGAAUUCUGUUAUGUUAAAAAAGUGUAUCUUUUUAUUUAUAUUUAUGCUAAGUCAAGUUAACAGUGAACAAGAUCAUGUACAUACUAUACAGUAUACUAAAGAUAAUUUUUCAACAGAAAUUCAGAAAAAAAAUCAUUUUAUCAUGUUUUAUGCCCCUUGGUGCGGUCAUUGUCAGAGAUUGGAACCUACUUGGGAGCAAUUAGCUAAAAUGUCAAACGUGGAGGAUAAUAAUAUAAAAAUUGCUAAAGUAGAUUGUACUACAGAUAGUAGUUUAUGCACAGAGCAUGAUGUUACUGGUUAUCCUACAUUAAAAUUUUUUAAAGCUGGAGAAAUCAAAGGCACUAAAUUCAGAGGAACAAGAGAUUUACCAUCUUUAAUGUCCUUUCUUAGUGAUCAAUUAGGUACUUCCUUGAAGAGCGAAGAUGAGGCACCAUCACCUCCUGAAGCAGUGAAUGGUUUAUUAGAAUUAACAGAGGACACUUUUGAUAAACAUGUAUCUACUGGCUAUCAUUUUGUAAAAUUUUAUGCACCAUGGUGUACUCACUGCCAAAUAUUAGCUCCUGUUUGGGAAGAAUUAGCUAAUAGUUUACGUAAUGACAAUUAUGUUAGUAUUUCUAAAGUAGAUUGUACACAACAUCGUAGUGUGUGUGGACAAUUUGAUAUAAAAGGAUAUCCAACAUUACUUUGGAUUGAAGAUGGAAAGAAGGUGGAUAAAUAUGCUGGCCAACGUACUCAUGAAGAUCUUAAAGCUUAUGUAUCAAAAAUGCUUGAGAAAGAAAAUGACCAAGUUAACGUCAAGACUGAUAAUUUAGAUAAUACAGCUCAUGCUGUACUUAGUUUAACUAGUGAAAGCUUCAAACAUGGUAUCGAAAAAGGGAUUUCAUUUGUUAAGUUUUUCGCACCUUGGUGUGGGCAUUGUAAACGUCUAGCGCCUAUUUGGAAAGAUCUCGGGAAAAAAUUCUUAACAAACGAUAAUGUGAAUAUAGCAAAAGUAGAUUGCACUCUUGAUGUAAGUAAAGAAUUGUGCAAUGAACAAGAAGUAGAUGGUUUUCCAACUCUAUAUUUAUACCGUGAUGGACUUAAAGUAUCUGAAUAUAAUGGUGCUCGAAAUUUAGAUGAAAUUUACGAAUUUAUAAUGAAUUAUAUACAACAUGAUGAUCAGCAUGACGAAUUGUGAUUAUAUAUUUCUCUUGUAACUUAAUUAGUUAAAGCAAUAUCAUUAACUUAAACUGAUUUUAUAUAUAAAUAUAUAAUAUUUAAUGUAAUUAUACAUAAAUAUACGAAGUA